GCGAGGAGGUGGCGGGAGGAGGAGACGGCGAGGAAAGGUGUCAGAGAAGAGAGGGCGCUCCUCCGGCUCGGAGGCAUCAUGGCCGCUAAGUCGGACGGGAGGCUGAAGAUGAAGAAGAGCAGCGACGUGGCGUUCACCCCGCUGCAGAACUCGGACCACUCGGGCUCGGUGCAGGGCUUGGCGCCGGGCUUACCGUCGGGGUCAGGAGCUGAGGACGAGGAGGCGGCCGGGGCCGGCUGCUGCCCGGACGGCAGCGGUUGCUCGCGCUGCUGCUGCUGCUGCGCGGGGAGCGGCGGCUCUGGGGACUCCGGGGGCCCGGGCGGCGGAGCGGGGGGCCCGGGCGGCGGCGGGGCGGGCUCGGCGGCGCUGUGCCUUCGCCUGGGCAGGGAGCAGCGGCGCUACUCGCUGUGGGACUGCCUCUGGAUCCUGGCCGCCGUGGCCGUAUACUUCGCGGACGUGGGCACGGACAUCUGGCUGGCUGUGGACUACUACCUGCGCGGCCAGCGCUGGUGGUUCGGGCUCACACUGUUCUUCGUGGUGCUCGGCUCGCUCUCUGUGCAAGUGUUCAGUUUCCGCUGGUUUGUGCACGAUUUCAGCACCGAGGACAGCGCCACGACCGCCGCCACCGCCUCCAGCUGCCCGCAGCCUGGAGCUGAUUGCAAGACGGUGAUCAGCGGUGGGUCUGCAGCUGGGGAAGGCGAGGCUCGCCCUUCCACUCCUCAAAGGCAAGCCUCCAACGCCAGCAAGAGCAACAUCGCGGCCACCAACAGCGGUAGCAACAGCAGCGGGGCCACCCGGGCCAGCAGCAAACACAGGUCUGCGUCCUGCUCCUUCUGCAUCUGGCUCCUGCAGUCACUCAUCCACAUCUUGCAGCUCGGGCAGAUCUGGAGAUAUUUCCACACAAUAUACUUAGGCAUUCGGAGCCGGCAGAGUGGGGAAAAUGACAGAUGGAGGUUUUACUGGAAAAUGGUGUAUGAGUAUGCCGAUGUGAGUAUGCUGCAUUUGCUAGCCACCUUUCUGGAAAGUGCUCCUCAGCUCGUCCUGCAGCUCUGCAUUAUUGUACAGACUCAUAGCUUACAGGCCCUCCAAGGUUUUACAGCGGCAGCCUCCCUUGUGUCCUUGGCUUGGGCCCUGGCCUCUUACCAGAAGGCCCUGAGGGACUCUCGAGAUGACAAGAAGCCCAUCAGCUACAUGGCUGUCAUCAUCCAGUUCUGUUGGCAUUUCUUCACCAUUGCUGCCAGAGUCAUCACCUUCGCGCUCUUUGCUUCAGUUUUCCAGCUGUACUUUGGGAUCUUCAUUGUUCUCCACUGGUGCAUCAUGACCUUCUGGAUUGUCCACUGUGAGACAGAAUUCUGUAUCACCAAAUGGGAAGAGAUUGUGUUCGACAUGGUGGUGGGGAUCAUCUACAUCUUCAGUUGGUUCAAUGUCAAGGAAGGCAGGACACGCUGCAGGCUGUUCAUUUACUAUUUUGUGAUCCUUUUAGAAAACACAGCCUUGAGUGCACUCUGGUACCUCUACAAGGCACCCCAGAUAGCAGAUGCAUUUGCCAUCCCAGCACUCUGCGUGGUAUUCAGCAGCUUUCUAACUGGUGUUGUUUUUAUGCUGAUGUAUUAUGCCUUUUUUCACCCCAAUGGGCCCAGAUUUGGGCAGUCACCAAGUUGUGCUUGUGAGGACCCCGUCGCUGCCUUCUCUCUGCCUCCAGAAGUGGCCACAAGCACCCUCCGGUCCAUCUCCAACAACCGCAGUGUUGUCAGUGAACGUGAUCAGAAAUUUGCAGAGCGAGAUGGAUGUGUACCUGUCUUUCAGGUGAGGCCCACCGCCCCAACCACCCCAUCACCUCGUCCACUACGGAUUGAAGAAUCUGUCAUUAAGAUUGACCUAUUCAGGAAUAGGUACCCAGCCUGGGAGAGACAUGUAUUGGACCGAAGCCUACGAAAGGCCAUUUUAGCCUUUGAAUGUUCCCCAUCUCCUCCAAGGCUGCAGUACAAAGAUGAUGCCCUUAUUCAGGAGCGGUUGGAAUAUGAAACCACUUUAUAAAAUGAAAGAACAUGCAGGAGCCACAACAUUCAGUUGAAAGGGUGACAGCGGGGCUGUGGCAAUAAUAACACUUCAUCCUAAGUAGGGCAAUGAGCUAUAGUGUUCUUAGUCUGACCAUCAUCGUUACUGUGGAUUGAUCUUCUGUCAGAGGACUGCCUGCUGCCGGGCUCCUUUGAAAUCAUCAAUGCUGAGAGCCUCUUACUCCACCUGAAGGAGCCAACACCAGUUUUGUAUGACUGUUGCUACCAAACUCUUCCUGCAGUCUGGGAGCCCAUCCACCAGAGGGUACUAUUAUUAUGGAAAAUGUUGUCUCCAAUCAAUAGGGUAUUUUGAUGGAGUUUACUGAUUUUUGCAUAAAGAUAUUCAGACACACACACACACAUUAGUCCUCCACUAAAAUAGCUUGGGUGAUUUUUCUUGACUCAAAUCCCUGAUUACCACAGGAAUAUAAGAACAAAAAGAGAGAAAAUAUAUCCCCCAGGACUCCAGGAAAAAAAUAAUACAGCUUAGAAAAGAAUUCAUAAACCAUUUUUCAUUUGGAAAUCAAUACCAUGUGUGAAAAAGUUUAUCCAGUGGACAGCAAACUCAAGUGUGUUUACACAUGUAUUAGCAUUGAUGGAAUGGCUCAUUUUCUAUACACUUCUGGAUUUAUUAGUUUUAAUUUUCAGUUGAGAAUAUCUUUUAUGACAGAAAUCCUUUGCUGCACAUGUAUGGCUUUCAAGACCAAGGAGCUCGAUAACUUUGUGAUAUAAAUUAAAUGAUAAUUAUGAUUCAGUUAUUCCAUUACAAAAAUUUAAAACAUACACAAAGAGGAGUAGAGGGAGGCAAAAGGAGAAUCUGAUUCCCAGGUAUGCGCACUGGAAUGCAAGGGAGAGGAGCAGGCUGUAACUGGCUGUUUCUGAUGCAGAGUGAGUGGCUCACUCUGUGUACAUGUGGGCAAGUGUGAUUCUGGAAGACACCAUGCCACAUCUUUUUAGUGCCAAACUCCAUCCAACCAUAGGACUGACAUGGAAGCCCCAACAACUGAGAGUAUGUGGCAUGAGCCCCUCAAAAGCAGACAUGAGGAUGAACAAUCAAGUUCUCCACUGUGUACAGACUUACCCAUCCCCAAUCCAAAGUCAAAGUUAUGUGUGUUUAGAGGCUUUGGGACACUUUAGUAAGUAUGAGCAUACAAAUGCAGUGAAUAUGCUGUGAGGAAACCCUUUGAACUGCUUGAGGGCUUAUCACUAUAUCCAACUAAGAUUUAUAUUUGAAUCAUCUGUAAAGUCUUACUCUUACAAUAAGCUUCUGGUUUUAAAUACCUCUGUCCAGCAAGUAAACAUUCUCCGCUUUCUGUUCUCAGUGUCCUUGGUCAUGGUGCUUUUUGUUGCAUUAAAAGUGCUGGUCAAACUUUGAUAGUAUUUUUUUAUAGUUGGUGCAGAGUGGAAUAACUCAUGGAUUAUUUCAAUAUUUUUGUAAUAAAAUAUAUAGGGUAUGCAUAUAGGCAUUAUCACCUUUUUUAUAGACCUGGAAUUAUUUAAAAUACUUUAAGCAUCAAAAUUACUUGGGAUGUCAGAAACUGGUCCACAAAUCCAUCAGCCUGCCUCAGCAGAAUGAAAAUACUUGUCUCUUGCAAGAUCACCCUACCUUGCAAGUUGGUGCCCCCAGGAACCUGGCCAGGGGUGCUAUCAGAAUAUCAAGUGAAGAGAGAAGCAGCCUGAAUAGAAAGGGCUUGUCAAGACUGGCCAAUGUUUUCCAGGAAAUCAAAGAUGUAAAUGAUUGAUUUCAUCCAUCAAUUGUAACAAACCUGACCACAGUGGAAGGUGUCUUAAAUUUCCUUCCCUGGUUUUAUAUUAACCAAACUGAUACAUUAAAGAUUAGUCAAAUCACUUUAAAGAAAGGAAGGGGUCAGUUUAACUUAAUUAUUCACUUAUCUGGGUUGUCCAAGUCACUAUAAAUAGUCAAGUUCUAGGGCCACUACCUGUAAUGUGUGUGUCAUCCAGAGACUGCCAUCCCCAUGAUGACAUCCACCGAAAAUGACAGAGGGCUCAAUCUAGGACUUCUUUUGGUACAAAGCCCCAGAACAAUUUUUAAAAGAUAGACAAUUUUUAUCAGUAGACAUAUUUCCUAAUACUCCAUGAUUUGAUCCUCCAAGCAAGAAUUCCACUAAAAAAGAUUAAUCAUUUGGUGGGAUAUGGAAAGAUUACCUAGUCACCAGUAAAGCUCCAAGAGGACACUCUUCUUGUCAGCAUAUUGUGCAACAUUCCACCCCCAUUGUGGAAGGAAAAAAUGAUCAUUUUUGACAAAGUCUUCACUUCUGUGCAGAACCAUGUUAUUAGCUUCAUUAGUUCCAAGACAACUUUUAACUAAUCUUUGGAAAUUGAAUUUCUCAGUUGAACUAAACCUAUGAAACCAUGAGUAAAUAACAGAUUACAGUACAAUGAUGUCAAGCAACACAAGUACACCAGUCCCCUUCGCUCUCCAAUCAUGGGAAUGCAGCUAAGAGUUUGCCUUAAAUCUCAGAGAAGACAUUGGACUUGAACUUUCAGCAAUGUUGAAACUGAAGCAUCUUGGAACUUGUCAAGUUUUACUGGAGGUGAUUUGCAGUUAAUUAAUUCAACAGACACUUUUAAUCUUGCAAAUUUUUGACUUGUAAUAUUGUAAUCAAGCUACUGCAAAGGAACAUUAAUCAGUUAGUGGAAAGGAGCACUUGGUUCAGCAUCCUGCCAUGAUGGGCCCAGGCCUGAAAAGAAAGACCUCUAUGAAGGAGAGAUGAGGGAAUAUGUGCUACCUGGUUCCUCAACACUGAUGCUAUGAAUAUUCAUCCAUUUCCUUUGUUUCUGCCAGCAAGAACUGCUUUGAAGAAAAGUCAAUGGAUUCCUGGGGCUUUUGUAGCUCAGAGUGGGUAUGGGUUAUGGAGACUUGUUUCAAACUGAUUCAAAUCUACAUGUUGGAAAUUUAAAAAUGUCAUUGUUAUCUGUUUAAUAAUUAAUAUUUCUGAAUCUAGUUGCUGCUUUUACUUGAUUUCAAGAGACUUCCAUUGCCAGCAUUGUAAUAGCCUAUUUUUGAAGCUUGAAUUACAAUUCAGCUUCAGAGGUCAAUUCUGAAUGGCUCCAGCUAUUGAAUAAUUUGAUGUCUGCCUUCCUAAGUAGUAACAUUUCCAGUUACAUUUCUAUCUGGAAUCCACUCUCCUGUUGUUGCUUCUCAGAACCCACAAAACCUCGGUUAUGAACUUAAAGAUCACCAAUCUAAUAUGCAAAAGCCUACAUUUUCACUUAGAAGUAAACAGAUGGUCUUGUAAUUAAAAAUCAUCGUUCUUCUCCACUUCUCUUUUUAAAAGAAAGAUAAGAAUGAAGUAGUCAGAGUCAUUAGAGUCAAAAGAGUCCGGCACCCAUGUGUCCUUACAAAGUGUUCUGUCUUAUCUUUUGGUAUCAGUUUUAGGAAUUAGCCCUAGAUAAAUGAAGGGACGUCAUCAGAUGUAUACAAUAUGCAGUCUUGAAGAAAAAAAAUAAGAGGAAGCAGUGGGGAUCAUUCUUCUUGUGCUCAAAGAUGUUUCUCUUCCCUAAACUAUCAUUUUAAUGUUCCAAAAGGUACUGAAUAAUACUCCCAGUUAUCAGAGCUAGUAUCAUGGCAAAGUCAUUUUUCCGAAGCACUAACAUUGAAUGGCAAAAAAGUGGCCUACUACCAUAUAACUUCUUUUCACUUGCCAGGCAAUGAAAAUCAGAAAGUUGAAGAAAAUGUUCAUUUCCUGAACCCAAGCUAAUAUAAUCCACAAAGAUACUCUGUAACAUACAAUGAGUUGGUUGACUAUGGAGACAAAAGAGCAAUAAAUAGGUCUCUUCAAUAAGACUCCUGGGUGAGAGUGACUACAGCAGUGUUGGGUGCUGAGAGAUGGGGUUUCUAUUAAUGUGGAGCUCUGAGUAUGGUGAUCAAAAAGAAAAUCUGUAGUUGCUCUUCAGAAAUUGUUGCCUUUUUGUAGAGCAGAAAUUAGCAGUAGUCAUUGUCAUUCCAUAAUUAUGACAACAAAUGUUUCUCCUAAUGAAAUCAAGGCCUGACUACAGUGGUAAACUAGAGGGGAAGUUGGUAGCUUUGUUUCUAAGGUUAAUUCUCUCCUUAAAGAAACCUUCCCUUCUGAUGGUUCUUCUCAGUCAUUGACCCCUAUGCUGCUCUGAACACCAAGAUCUUCUGAUGGAUAAUGAGAGGUAUUUUAGAGUUUUUUUAAAAAUUAAAUUCUUUAUUGGUACAUUGUAGGUAUACAGCACAAUUACAUUCAUCAGUGGGAAUUGUACCUUUACAUAAUGCAUCUUGGUUCUUGUUUUUUCCCCAUUCCUAGCCCUCCCUUCACCCCCUCCACCCUUCCCUAUUUACAAAGACUUGAGAUAUUUUAGGUUUAAUAAGUCAUUCCUGCUUAUCUAACAUGAACCAUUUAAGUACCGCUCUUUUAAUAGCAAUGAGAUUCAGGGUUACCUAAGCCUUACUCAUUGUCCCAUCUAUAUAUAUCAUGAUAUCACUGGAGCCCCUGUGUCCAUUCUCACUCAAUCAGGUUUACCAGUAUUAGACUCUUUUAAAUAUAGUCUGGAUUUUGAUCCUAAAUAUAGUCUGGAUUUUGGCUAGUCUGCAUAUCCAUUCCCAAAUUGGAAAAAUAAUUCUUUUGAGAGUAAUUUUCCGAAUAAUGGAAGUGGAAUAAAAGGACAGUUAAAACAAUUUUUCAGCGUAAACAAAACCACUGGACCAUUGAUAGCCCUGGAACUCUGCUUUUUCCUCAUGACUGUUUCUUUUCAUUUGAGGGCUUUCAACAUUUGAAUUUUCCAGAUGAUUUAGUGAACCAUCUUCACUAAACCAAAGUAGACACUAUGAAGUUAUUAAACAUAAAGACUGUCUACAUGAAUGCAAAUAUCCCAAUGAAAAGUGAAGAAGUCGAUCACUCAAGUGGUAAAUUUCAUCCUCGUGAUAGCAAACAUUUGGAUACUUUAUAGAAAACUCUUGAUGUUUGAAGAAUACAAUUUUCUGUCUGAUUGUCUGAUGUUGUCUAGAUGUACAAGGCAGUGGAAUUGAACUUCUUUGUGCUGUAAUCAAUUACUGGUGAUUUUCUGCUGCUAAUAAUCUCUUUGUUGUGCAAAGAGAAAUAAUGCAGAGUAAAUGCUAUUUGAUUUUUCUUUACUUUCAGCAAAUGCAUGAAUGGGAAAUGUUUGGGAGGCUCAUUGCUAGGUCUAGCAAGGACUGCAGUGCUGUCCUCCUUUGGAGCAGGAGUUCUAGAAGCUCUUUCCAGGGAAGGGACCUUCUUGUUCACCCUUUGCUGUCUUUUAUAAUUUUAUCAUUGCUCUUCUGUUCUUCAUAAAUCUUAAUUCACAGAGUCUACUUGACAAAAUGGUUUAAGGGAAAUACAAAUUUCUUAACGUAUUCUUCAAAUGGAAGUUAUGUUUGUAAGCAUUCUAUUUUGUAAGCUAAAAAUAAUUUAAACUGUGUGACUCAGUUAUUUCAUAGUAAAUUUAUGGUAUCAAGAAAAGGCUACUUUUCCAAAAUCAAACAAAAAACAUAACUGUAGGGGUUUAAUUUGUUGAUCUCAUUGCAAUUGCCAAGUAUUAACUGGUUAUCAUAACAUUAGGGAAUUUAUAUUUUCCUUGUAGUCAUUAUUAUAAUUCCAGAAAAAGAAAAAGAAAAAGUUGACAUCAAAGGGAAAGUCAGUGCCCAGAAGGAAAAUCUGAGAUGCUCAUCCCAGCUCUUGCACCAGUCAUUAUUUGUUGACAUGUCUAACUUAUAACAUUAGAAACAUUAGAAAGUUGAUCUUGUUUCUUCUGAUUUUUUCCUGGGUUGGUGAGCAUGUUUAUUUCCUCAAAUCAUGUGCUUACUUCAUUUACUGAUCUGAAGCUUGGCAGAACAACAGACAAAGUAUUCAGAUCAAUUUUUUGCCCAGAGAAUUUAUGCAGUAGAACUUGCUGUGAGGCAUUAACUAUAUACAGGUACACAGAGCACUGAAAGGUACUCAUCUAUGCAAAGAUCUUGAGAGGGUUUCUAAAGAUAAUCUGAACAUUUUGAAGCUUCUUGGGUAGCAUUUUGAUUGUGUCAAAUUGUAUAUCCAAUGCUAAGUCAGAAGGGGUAGGAAAUGAAGUUCAUUGUUGGGUCCCUCCUUCCCUCAGCUGCAGAAGUUUUCCUCAAAUGAGUCAGUCCUUUACCUGGGAAGCAAAGGCCUCAGCCAGUUGGUGUUAUCACCCUGUGCUAACUGCUCUGCAACCCCACUUUGGAGGGCAGACUGUGCUUGAUACUCAGUUACCUGUGAAAUCCUCCAGAACCAGCAGAUAUGGGUACCAAACUAAAUUGUUUUUGCUUUUCUUUUUCCUCAUGAGUUUUACUUCACUAUAUCCUUUUUCUAAUCUUUUCACUUUUAUGUUCUUGACAGAAUAUUUAGUUAAUUUUACAGCAAAAAGAUAAUUGGCAACCACAAAAAAUUAGCUAUUUUAAAAUUAUCUUUAUGUGAUCAUUGAUAUGGAAUUUAUGCUUUAAUAGAAAAUCAAAAACCCUUAUGUUGAAUACAAUGACUGUUUUAAAUGUAUUUAAACUUAUUCUACAAAAUAAUAUCAUCUUAUCCUAUAGAAUAUAUUCUUUCUUGAUGCAAGGACAUGAGGGCCUAUGCUCCAGUGGUGGAACAAAAGAACUAUGAAUCUGCACACACCUGAGUCCUAAUCCCUGGUCUUCAGCCUCAGAAACUCAGAAACUCACUUCAGCCUCAUUUUUCCCGUAUAGGAAAGGGAGAGAAUAUUUAUUUACCUACCUCAUAGGGGUUUUGUGAAGGUUAAUAAGAGUCGGUACUAUGCCAUGAGGUUAGAAAGCACUGUUAUUCUUCCUAACAGGGACACAAAGGAGAACUUUGAGGAGCACAGAAGGUAGGCUAGGCAGAAGGGUGUUAGAGUUGUCUGAGAAACAUGACAGCAAUAACUAACCAAGCAAAGAACACAAUUAUUCUGCAUCACUUGAUAUAGGUAAAACUUUCCUUCAAAGUUCUGUGUAGAAUUUUUUUUAAAUUGUCAACUUUUUACUACAUUAACUCCUUUGAUAGAGACAUUGGAAUUCUUAUAGAUAGACCAUUUUCCUCUUUACCAAACUGGAUUUUACUAAAUGUUUAUUUAAAUACAUCCAGAAAACCUGAUUUCUGCUGAUGUCUAAGGAGUUUGCAUGUGUGGUCCCAUGCAUUUUCCAGAGCUUCUGCAUGAUACUCCAGCUCAGAACUAAUAAUGGCAAGUGUGCCCUGAAAUCCAUUCUGGGCAGGGGCGGGGAAAUGUUUAACAGAUUUUACUGAAAUUAGAUUUUGAGUCCUUUGAGACAAUGAUCACCCCCUUUAAAGCCCAGUAGAAGAAUGUAAAGCUUUGUUUCUGCUUAUAACUCCUGAGUUGAUUCAUUCUCACAUUAUAAAUGUAUUUUAAAUAUUUCAGAGAAGUGUUACACAAGUACUUCAGCAAUAUAUGGAUAUCCAUGUGCUUUUAUGUGUGUAGAUAUGAAUUCUACUGGAGGACAAAAGAGAUGGCUGAAAACCACCUCAGAGAAUAUUCUGUACAAUUUCCCCAAAGAAAUAUGUUUUCUCUUAUUUAAAUAAUUAAACCUGAUCAGAAUGAAUCCUAAUCACCAUGAUUUGGAAUUAUAAAUAUUUGUAAUUUUUGGGUCACAGAGGCACUAUUGUGAGGUAGGAAUAUAACUAUGAAACUAUACUAACAAUGCAGAUAAUGCUUUAACAUGUGACUUCAUGAAGUAAAGUUGUUGUACCUAAAUAUUAUCGUUGUACCCUUAUUUAAUAAUUAUGCCCUUGUGCAAAACUGUACACCCUUAAAAAUAUGAAAUAGUGUUCAGAAAAUUUACCAUGAGGAGUGGGUUUUAAAUCAUGUCAUGCUUGGAGCUGACAUAAUGUUCACAAUCAGUCUAAUCUCUUCCAGUUUCUAAAAUGUUAUUCUAAAAUCAAAGCCUUAUAAUUUCAAAUAGAACAUUUCUAAUGCAUGAUGUUAAGAUUUCUGAAGCUUUAUUUUAACCUGGGCAAUUAUCUGAUCCAUUUAAAAAUCUGUACUGCCACAGCAUUAAAAUAAGUAUUAUUUUUUAUAAACUAGUAAUAUUAAUAUAGUAAAUCAGAACUAAUUUGAUAUUACUAGCUGCUCCCUUCCCCAGUUUCUACCAGUACCAUCAAUAUUUUUCAAACCAAAAAGUGCAGUAGAAUAUCCUUUUUGCUAUGAAACAAAAAGUUUUUAUUUGCUUUUAUACAAAAAAUAAAGUUAAAUCUUUGAACUUGAUUCAGGGGCUUGGAAUAGAAAGUGGCAGCAUUUUGGGUGGGUUUGUUAGGAUGAGAGGUGGGCAGAGCAAGGAAAAUGUCAGGAAGAGAUUUUAUCACAAAGAGACAAAACAGAAGUAAAACAAACGUGUUAGAGCCUAAAUUCUUCCUCAAACAAAUGAAAAACAAGUAGUGACCAUGUGUUACUUAGAUAUAAGCUAUACACCUAAUUAUAGAGAGAAGGUGACUUUAGUCUCUUAGGCUCCCUAGACCAUGUGGAACUCUCUAAGGCCCAUCCCUGACAAUAAGAUACUGUUAGAAAAACUGAUUUUUAGUAGAGAUAUAUGUAAAGAUAUAAGUAAGAGAUAUAUGUUGUGGACAGGGUGUUUUGUAAACAUCAAACAUAUGAUGAUCUAUAAAGGUAGUUGUCAAGUUUCUUGGCUACUUUUGACUAACAUUCUCUUCCUAAAAAAUGAUUUAAACACACACACACAGACACAGAUGGGGGGGUGAGAGAGAGAGAGAGAGAGAGGGAGAGAAAGAGAGCUCAAGGGGGGGAGGGAGAGAGAGAGGGAGAGAAAGAGAUUCUUUGAUCAAAGGAAUGUUUCCUAAUUCAACCAUACACUGGAAUAUUACUGUCACAAAAUUCCUUUCAUAUCUAGAUGAUGUGGGAUAAUGAAAGAAUGAAUCUUUUAGUUCAUUGCUUAUUGAAGUUCCCACCUGAAUCUUUGCUUUGAUCAAAGGGGCAGGACAAAGGAGGACUCUAGUUAUCCUUGGGUGAGAACCUACUUCUACUAAAUAGUUUUUGCUUUUCUUCAGUAGCCAGACAGCUCUGUUGACCCAAGAAAGAUAUAGUGAAGGAUAUGAAAAUAUGUUUUCCCAUUUUCGGAAGGAAGAGAGAAACCAGUGAGCCAGAGGCUUCCUCGCCCUUUGAAACCAAAUAGGCCAAGACAAAUAUUAUUAAAGUGAGAGUGAAACCAUCCUUCCUAUUGAUUUUUACUUCCAUUUUUACUAUUUUCUUUAAGAUUGGAGUUUCUAGUAAUGACAAUGCCAUUUCAUAUGAUGGCCUCCAAUGCAGAAAUGAUGAAAGUAUGAGCUGCAAAUGUGAUGCUGGGAAUACAAACUUCAUUUGCACAUACAUCCUAUCAGGCAGAUUGGAAACAAAUACUCCUACUACUAAUAUUGUGGUUUAACUAUUUAUCCAUCUAGUGGAUAAAUAGAAGUGUUUUGCUCAGAAUUAAGCCAUUGCACAAUAUAAACCUGCUCCCAAAUGACAAGGAUUUUUGCUACUAAUAUUUGCCUUCAUUCUCAUUAUUUUAAGUAAAAUAAGUUUCACAUCUAACUACCUCAGCUACUGUUGUUUUAUUUAGAAACAUAAAAUCAUGCAUUUUGUGAUCAACAAGUCUUUUCAUUUAAAAUUUCAAAAGGAUACUUGGUGCAGAAUAAUUUUCAAAAAUGUGUCUACGACAUAAGCAACCCAACCUCAGGAGGGUAUACUUCUGUUUGUUUUGCUUUGGGGUAAAAUCUCCAUAUCUACUUAACAGAAAGAGAGGCUGUUCUAAAUUUGCUUAAUAUGCCUUAAACAUAUUGUGCUCUUUUCUCUAAUUUUUGUUGUUUUAAAUCUAAUCUCUGAAAAAAAUGUAACAGGUGGCAAAUGGACAGCAAACUGAAGAGGACAACUAAUUUCUCACUUCUCUGUUGUCAACUGUCUGCAUGACAUUCUGAUUGUGCAAAAUUGCCAUUCCUGUGCUUCUCUCUCCAUUGCAGAAAUAAGGUGUGUGUGUGUAGAGAAUGGUGAAGACAUUUCCCCGAGAGCAGGCACAGUGCCUGGACCCAAAUGAAAACCCUCAUGGUUCUCGUGUUUUUCCUUUGUAAACAUUGUAUAAAUAUAUUUGGAAUUUUAUUUGCAAUGAAGAAUUAAACAGAUUGUUAAUUUUUUUCCUGCCUGUAAAUAGAUAUAUUCACAUUCCAUGUAUCCAAACAUUCUUUAGCAUUUGGAUUAUAAGCGUGUCUUCAUUGGCUGCUGGCUGCUGUCACCAGGCAGUGACCCUGAGUGCUCUUGCUCAAAGCACAGUGCGUGGAGUAUUUGAUGUAUUACAGUACCAUAGUUAUUUUGGUCUGUUAAGUAAGUUAAAUUCAUGAUGAAAUGAAGUGGAAAGUAGUACUUCAUGAUGAAUCAAUUUCCUUGGUUACCUGAUUUUCCUUUUAAAAUUUAAAAAAAAACUUGAAAUUUUAUAUAUUUGGAUUUUGUAGAUUUUUUUUUAUUUUAUUGCAACACAAGGUACCAAAAUCAUUAAAUAAAGUACACUGUGGUCAUUUUAA